AUGGACCCAGUGAUUCCUCUGGGCUCCGGCUCCAGAACCAGGACCGGGACGAGGAUGGACCCCAGAACUUCGGCGUGCAGGUGCGCGCUCGGUGUGAUCCUGAUGGUGGCCGGCACACUGGUUUCCAUGGUAACAUCAAGCUCACCUGCUGCAGGUGUGCUGGACUUCAACAGGACGAUGGAGUCUCUGUCACAUCCUUCAUCACCAACAUCAUCCUCCUCUUCCUCCUCCCCUCUCAGACCCCCUGCCCCCAGCCUGCCGUCAGACUCUGGUUACCAUGGUAACAGCGGCGGUGCAGGCUCCGCGGAAGACUCAGACUCUGGUGCUCAGGGGAUCCACCUCCUGCUGAGACCUCCAGAUCUACUGUCCCCAAGCCUCCCUCCGCCUCUCCCCCCACACACCCAGCCCACUCUUACUCCUCCACCCCCUUGGGAGCAGGGCCCCUCCCUGGAGGAGGCCUGGGGCUCUGGAGACUACCUGGAGACUCUGUCCUUCAUGGUGCCUGACGGCGAGGAGCUGACCCUGGCCACCCCACUGCCUAACCACCCCUAUGACGAGGACAACGGGGGCGACUGGGUCUCCUACGACACUGCCUUCCCGGCCCGUCCCACCCUUCCUCUCUCCUCACACCUACCCCUCUCACCCUCCUCCUCCACCCCCAGCAUCCCCCUGCACACUCGCCCCACCCAUCCAGACGUCUUCCCUGCCUGGGAUGAGGACUACGACCUGGAGGACAUGAUGCCUCUGGAGCCGACAGAGCUGCUGCUUCCGGACAUGAACAGUCUGGAAUACUACACCAACUUGCUGGCCCGGGAGAGGGAGAGAGAGAGAGAGAGGGAGAGAGACCAGGACCAGGACCGGGUCAACCGGACGGACUCUAAACCUGCCAUCGUUGCUACAACAACACAAACCCACCAUUCCCUUCCGUCUCCGUCCCCGAGCUCUGGUCCUCCUCCAGGACGGGAGCCCAAGCAUCCUCCGGUGGGACCCACCCCUCCCCUCACACUCUCGCCUACUCUCACAGGUGAGGAAAAGUCAACCACCAUCAAAACCCCUUCCACCCCUUCUCCUCCUGCUCCAAAACCCAAAGACCAUGCCUCCGUCCCAGGCAGACACCCUCUUCGUCCCCCUUCCAACACCACCAGCCGUGUGCCUCCUCCUCCCCCCCUGGGACCGCCCACCCGCCCUGACAGACCAGAGAAGCCUCCAGUGGUCACAGAGAAGCCAGCAAAGGCCCCACCCACCAGGGCCACAACCACCACCAAGGCAGCGACCACCACCACUGCCCUCACCACCACCACCCAGAUCACUGCCAUCAGCCUGACCAGAGCCCCCCCAGUCACUACGCCCAGAGUCGCACAGACCCCGUCCACCAGACAAUACCUGUGUAACGUCACGAAGCCAGAGAUGUACCUGGUGAGAGUAGUCAGUUCGAAAGGUUCGUCAGCAGGUUUCACUCAGGUCAGAGAUCUUCUGAAGAGAGAGUUCAACCGCUCAGUGGAGCUCCAGUUCCUGAGAACUCCGUCCAGUUUCGCCUUCCGAGUCGUGUCAGGACCGUUGAUCUUCACUGCCAUAUCCGUCAUGAACGCACUCCGCCAACCACCACGCAGCUCUGGCCCCAUUCCCACCGUGUCACCACUCUACACCAUACCUGACCUCAGGUACCAGAUACACUCUGUGCUGCAGUUUGUCCCCACCCACGUCGACAUCAGAGUCUGUAACUUCAGCGAACGGAUUGAGAGAGGACUGAUCAUGGCGUAUGCUGAAACUCGGAGACGCUCCCAUGAAGCAGGAAACGUUACUGUUCAGCUGCUGAACAUCACCACGGGCGUGGCCCGGCUGGCACCGGAGCAAAAGCUUUCCAUAGACAUCACCUUCGCGAUGCGUGAUGGGCGGGACUACCUGCCAGGGUCGGAGGUCAGCGAGCACCUGAGAAAGCUCAGCCUGGUGGAGUUCAGCUUCUACGUCGGUUUUCCUGCCCUGCAGAUCGCAGAACCUUUCCAUUACCCUGAGCUGAACAUGUCUCACCAUCUGCGCUCCACCUGGGUGCGCACAGUCCUGUUGGGAGUUCAGGAGAGGUUGGUGGCUGAGAGAAGUUUUAAAGCUCGUCUGGAGAGACGUCUGGCUUUGCUGCUGGAAGAAGGACUGCAGGCGUCCAGCAGGAGGCGCUGGAGGAGAGCUACAGCUGUGGGCAACAACAGUCUGCAGGUGGUGCGGGUGGCGAGGCUGUCGGGGACGGAGCGCCCCCUGGAGGUCUUUUAUUUCGUGGAGGGUCCAGGUGGUGAGCGUAUACCGGCCGAGGCAACGGCAGCCACCCUGAACCGUCUGGACCUUCAGAGAGCCGCCAUCGUCCUCGGACACCAAGUCCAGAGGCCGCUCGCCCAACCUGUGGAGACUCUAUCUGUCCCUCCGGCGGAGACUCAGAGCAGUAGUAUCUGGCUGAUCGUCGGCGUGGUCGUCCCGGUCGUGCUGGCCGUCUUCAUCAUCAUCAUCCUCUACUGGAAGCUGUGCGGCUCAGAAAAGCUUGAGUUCCAGCCAGAUGCCAUUAACACCAUCCAGCAGAGGCAGAAGCUUCAGGCUCCCAGUGUCAAAGGCUUCGACUUCGCAAAGCUCCACCUGGGUCAGCACAGCAAAGACGACAUCAUGGUGAUCCAGGAGCCCGGCCCGCUGCCCGCCCCCGUUAAAGAGGCCACGCCCUCUGACGGCGGAGACCUCAACACCCCCAAAUCUAAAGGAUCGUCCACCAAGGUGGCCCGGUCCGGCCGCCGCAGGGGCAGGCUCAGCCCAUCAGACGGUGACUCGUUGGGAAGCGACCAAUCGAGCGGCAGAGAAUCGGCAGAAGAAAGUACUCGACCUGUGGCCACGCCCAGUGAGGGAAAACAGCACAGGAAGACGCCCAAAAAUGGGAAGACCAAGAUGGGCAGCGGUCCGGACGAGCUUCUCUCUUCGUCCUCCAUCUUUGACCACGUUGACCGUCUGUCGCGCGGCUCGUCCGACGGAACGCGCCGCCAGGCCAACAAGGUGCAGCUGAUCGCCAUGCAGCCGCGACCGAGCCCGCCGCACGCCCCGUCCCAGCCGAGCCCCACCCUCACCGAGAAGGUCAACACAGAGGUGGCGCUGAGGCACAAGUCCGAGAUUGAGCAUCACAGGAACAAACUUCGACAGCGUGCCAAGAGGCGGGGCCAGUGUGAGUUUCCCUCCAUGGACGACAUCAUGGACGCAUUCGGCGACGGACCGGUGCAAGGCGAGGUGGCACAACGUCUCUAUAGCUCCGCCCACGACCACAUGGACUGCAUCCUGCAGGCCGACGCCCCCUCGCCCCCCACCCCCACCGACUCCAGGAGGAGAGGGAGGCGCUCUCCUCGGGGUCGGCGGGCUCAGCCAGGACCUGGAAGUCUUCCUGAUACAGACAGAGAUCGGCUGCUCACUGAUCACAGCGCCACCUACAGGAAAUACCCGGGACUCAACAACGUGGCCUACAUGUCGGACCCUGACCUGCCCCCAGACCAGGGCAGCCCCUCCCCUACUGACGAGGUGUUUGACCCUGCCCCAGCCCCACCGCCCUACAUGCCCCCCCAACCCUCCAUCGAAGAGGCGCGGCAGCAGAUGCACUCCCUCCUGGAUGAUGCCUUUGCCCUUGUGUCGCCGUCCUCGCAGGGCAGCGCUGGGGUGAGCGGGGUAAGCCCUGCCCUGCCCAGCCCCUCUCCCCAGGCCCGCCCCCCAGGCAGGCAGUGGGGCUCUUACCCAGCAGCCCCCUCUCACAGCCCCUUUUCUGCAAGAUACGCAGAGCUGGGAAUGUCCCCCACGUCAGUACAGGGCCUCUUGCAGAGGCAGGGUUUGAGCUCGGGAGGGUAUGUUUCUACUGGAGACCAGCUGCAGGAGUCAGUUUACUCCAGCAGAGGGCAGUACGAGGACCCGCCGUCUUCAUCCAGACCACGACCUGUAGGGGGCAGCACAGGUGCACAGCUCCACCACUUGACCCAGGUGGGUUUGUCAAGUCAGAUUGGUGCGUACCCUGGGGUUGGUCGCAGCAUGUCAGGUCCCACUGGCUCCAGCUGGAACCAGCAGCACUCAGACCAGGACCUGUCCAGACCAGGAGCCAGCAGAGAAAGUGUGCUGUCGUUUCCUGAGUUCUCCUCUUCCUCUGUUUUCCAGAUGCCCAGCUCCUCAUUGCGGGACCCGUCGGCUCCACCUCUCCUCCUAACUUCACCCACUCCAGAGUACCCACCAGAGGACGCAUCACCCUCUGCUCACACAUCUGCCUCCCUAAUAAAGGCUAUCAGGGAGGAGCUACGACGUCUGGCCCAGAAACAGGCUGCAGUGACAAGCUACCCUUAG